GGGAGCGGAGCGUGGCGGGGAGGGGAGCAGGGCUGGCGACUGGAGGCAGCGGUACCUUGGCCUAUCCCACCAACCAGCCUUGGAUCCCACCGGACACUCCGGAGGCACGUCCGCCGCCCCGCUAGAGUCACCUACGCCGACCCCUCCCCUCCUCCCCAGACUUCUUUCCCAUCCUCUGGACUUCACCUUCCCCAUCCUUUCCUGGGCUCCCGACCUCCGUCCUCUCCUCACUCCCUCUCCUCACUCCCGGACCUGCCCUUCUCGGCGCCCCUCUUCCCUAGGGAGAUGCGAUGAGCCUGUGUCCCAGCGCCCUCAUCGCCAUCCUGGGCACGGUGCCCAUCCAGUGCCCGUGGUGGGGAGGGAGCACUCCGCGGCCCCUCUGUGCCUUCCCUGCCUUGACCCCCCCUCCAGCUGGAGUCCCUGAGCCAUGCCCCAGGGGACCCAGCCAGGGGGUGGGCUCUAGAGCGAGUGGGGUGGAGAGGAGGAAGGACGGGGCCCUGGGCUCCUCUGAGAUGCUCCCAAGUGCCAGGGGGGGCCGAGCGAGGCGCAGGCAACCGGGCGGCAGGCAUGAUGCCCUCGCCUAGUGACUCCAGCCGCUCGCUUACCAGUCGUCCUAGUACCCGGGGCCUUACCCACCUCCGCCUCCACCGACCCUGGCUGCAGGCCCUGCUCACGCUGGGGCUGGCCCAGGUGCUCCUGGGCAUCCUGGUGGUCACCUUCAGCAUGGUGGCCUCCUCUGUCACCACCACCGAGAGCAUCAAGAGGUCCUGCCCGUCUUGGGCUGGAUUCUCGCUGGCGUUCUCCGGGGUAGUUGGCAUUGUGUCCUGGAAGCGGCCAUUCACUUUAGUGAUCUCCUUCUUCUCCUUGCUCUCGGUGCUGUGUGUCAUGCUCAGUAUGGCUGGCUCUGUUCUCUCCUGUAAGAAUGCUCAGCUGGCCCGAGACUUCCGACACUGCUCCAUGGAAGGAAAGGUCUGUGUGUGCUGCCCCUCUGUUCCCCUCCUCCGGCCCUGUCCAGAGUCAGGGCAGGAACUCAAAGUUGCCCCUAACUCCACCUGUGAUGAAGCCCGAGGGGCCCUCAAGAACCUGCUCUUCAGCGUCUGCGGACUUACCGUUUGUGCCACCAUAAUCUGUACCCUCUCAGCAAUUAUCUGCUGCAUCCAAAUAUUCUCCCUUGACCUCAUGCACACGCAGCUGGCCCCUGAGCGCUCGGUCUCAGGUCCCCUGGGGCCUCUGGCUUGUACCUCCUCGCCCCCGGCCGCUCUCCUGCACACCAUGUUGGACUUGGAGGAAUUUGUACCACCUGUGCCCCCACCUCCCUACUAUCCCCCAGAGUACACCUGCAGCUCGGAAACAGAUGCCCAGAGCAUCACCUAUAAUGGCUCCAUGGACAGCCCCGUGCCCUUGUACCCUACUGAUUGCCCCCCUUCUUAUGAGGCCGUUAUGGGGCUCCGAGGAGACAGCCAGGCCACUCUGUUUGACCCUCAGCUUCAUGAUGGCUCCUGCAUCUGCGAGCGAGUGGCCUCCAUUGUGGAUGUGUCCAUGGACAGCGGGUCCCUGGUGUUGUCGGCCAUCGGCGACCUGCCGGGGGGCUCCAGCCCGUCGGAGGACUCCUGCCUGCUGGAGCUGCAGGGCUCCGUCCGCUCCGUGGACUACGUGCUCUUCCGCUCCAUUCAGCGCAGCCGCGCCGGCUACUGCCUCAGCCUGGACUGCGGCCUGCGCGGCCCCUUCGAGGACAGCCCGCUGCCCCGGCGGCCCCCGCGGGCCGCGCGCUCCUAUUCCUGCUCCGCCCCGGAGGCCCCGCCUCCGCUGGGGGCCCCCACCGCCGCCCGCAGCUGCCACCGGCUGGAGGGCUGGCCGCCCUGGGUGGCACCCUGCUUCCCCGAGCUCAGGCGGCGGGUCCCCCGGGGAGGCGGCCGCCCAGCUGCAGCCCCUCCCACAAGAGCCCCCCCUCGCCGCUUCAGCGACAGCUCAGGUUCCCUCACCCCGCCCGGGCACCGGCCUCCUCAUCACCCGGCGCCCGCGCCACCGCUGCUGCUGCCACGGUCACACAGUGACCCAGGCAUCGCCUCCUCCAGCAACACCGCUGACUUCAGGGACCUUUAUACCAAAGUGUUUGAGGAAGAAGCUGCUUCUAUUUCCUCUGCAGAUACAGGGCUCUGCUCUGAAGCUUGCCUCUUCCAUCUAGCCCGCUGCCCUUCCCCCAAGUUGCUGCGUGCUCAUUCAGCCGAGAAACGGCGCCCUGUUCCCACCUACCAGAAGGUUCCCUUGCCCUCGGGCCCUACACCUGCCCACUCCCUGGGGGACCUGAAGGGCAGCUGGCCAGGCCGGGCCUUGGUCACGCGUUUCCUCCACAUGUCCAGGAAGACCCCGGACCCCAGUGGGAACGGAGCCCACGGGCAUAAGCAGGUGCCCCGGAGCCGGUGGGGACGGCCAGGCCGAGAGAGUCUCCAUCUUAGAAGCUGCGGGGAUCUGAGCUCUGGCUCCUCCCUGCGGCGCCUCCUCUCUGGCCGCAGGCUUGAGCGCGGCACCCGCCCCCACAGCCUCAGCCUCAAUGGGGGCACCCGGGAGACAGGGCUCUGAUGUGGGCUUCUUGCUACAUUGAACAGAUCCAGGUGAAUGCUGGGGCCACAGACCCCAGCUGGUUGGGACCAGCAGCCUCCAGCAUUCCCUUGCACUGGCUGACACUAAAAGAAACUCGCUGUAUACCCCUCUGUUAUUCCUUUCUCUCCUACCUCUGGGGCUCCUGCUGCUUGCCUCUGCUCCUCUGGCCUGGGAGAGCUUCUGUCCUGUCCGCAUGGGUAUUCAGGCGGGAAGAUGCCCUGCUUACAGCACUGGAGGAAGAAAAUAAUCGAGUCCUGCCCCACCCCCAACCCCCCAGCAUGAGAGUAACUCUCUCUGAUGUGUCAGGGGCACUAUGGCCAGGGCAAGGCUUGGCCAGGGUGUUUCAGCAUGAGGGGCUGUGUGCCUAGACAGCUGGGUGGUGAAGCAUGGAGAGUCAUAACAACCUGGGUGGCCUCUCAGCUCUGCCACCUCUAGCUGCAUGAUCUUGGGCGAGUUAUUUAACCUCAAUUUCCUGACCUGUAAAACAUGGCGAGGACAAAUGUUUGUAAAACUCUUAACACACUAUGUAAGCCUUCAAUAAAUUUCAAUUC